CGCCGUCCGUGCUCGGAGCGCGGCGGCGGCGGCGGCAGCAGCGGGAGCCCCCGGCGAUGCCCGCGCUGCUCCCGCCGCUGGCCGCCCCCUGAAGACACCCCUCUCUAUUGCCUCCCUUCUCCAGCGACCUCAGGCUCUGCGCCCCCUUUUCCCCCUUCCUUCCUUCCCCCCUUCCCUUUAUUCCCUCCCCCCCCUCCCUUCCCAGCCUCUUUAUCCUCCUUUCCUUGAGACCCUCCGCACCCGCCCGGCUGCCGUGUGGAUGCGGGCCGGGGUGCCUGGCUGCGCGGGCGGCGAGAGCCGAUGCUGAGGGGCCGGAGGAGGAUGGAGUGCACCCUCGAUGCGCAGAGUUUGAUCAGUAUUUCCCUGCGGAAGAUCCACAGCUCCCGCACGCAGCGAGGCGGCAUCAAGCUCCACAAGAACCUGCUCGUCUCCUAUGUGCUCCGCAACGCCCGGCAGCUCUACCUGAGCGAGCGCUACGCCGAGCUCUACCGCCGCCAGCAGCAGCACUACCCCGACGGCGCCCCGCUCCUCGCCAUGCCCGCCUGCCCGCCGCCCGCCGCCGCCGCCCCGCCGGAGCUGGCGGCGCUCCCGCUGCCCGCCGACACGCAGGACCGCGAGGCGCGGAGCUGCGGGGCUGCGCGGGGCGGCGCGGAGCUGCUGGAGGUGCCGGUGUGCGCGGCGCCCCCGGAGCUGCAGAGAGCGCCCUGCAGAGACUCGUCCCCGGGCUUCUACCGGGCCCCCGGCAGCGCCGGUCCCGGUGGCGGAGGCGCGGCCCCGGGGCUGCUCUACGCCGCCGGCUGUGACUUCGGGAGCGGCGGGGCCCCGCACUGUAGCAGCCGCACCACGGUGCUGGAUUUGGACACUCACGUCGUGACCACGGUGGAGAACGGGUACUUGCACCAGGACUGCUGCUCGCAGUGCCCCUGCUGCUGCCAGCCGGCACCGGGGCUCGCCUCCCCGCCGCCCGCGCCCGGCACCAAGCGCAAGUAUUACCCGGGGCAGGAGGAGGAAGAGGAGGGGGUGGAGGAAGGGGAGCCGGGGGGAGGCGGGGUGGCGGGCGGCCCCCCCUUCGCCCCGUGCACCAAACGCGCCCGCUUCGAGGAGUACAGCGCCGAGCACCCCCAGGACUCUUCCAACAUCUCCAACUUGAUCUCCAUCUUCGGCUCCGGUUUCACGGGGCUGGUGAGCCGGCAGCAGGCGGACUCGGAGCAGCCCCUCAACGGGCAGCUGUGCAGCAAGCAGGCGCUGGCGAGCCUGGGAGCCUGGACUCGGGCCAUCGUCGCGUUUUAGAGAGGAGCGGAGGAGCAGAGGGGGCGGGGGGGGUCUUGGCAAAACGGGGGUGCGAUCCGAGGAACGGCGGCUCCGGAGGGGGGACCCUGAAACAAAGGCGGGGAGGGGGGUUGGGGCGAAGGGAGGGGGGGUGGGGGGUGUCGAGGGGUGCGCAGGGGAGGCGGGAGGGCAGAGCCACGCUAGUGUUUUAUAAAUUGUACAAUAAAGAAAAAAAAAUCUAAGCGCUUUGGACCAUAUUUUUGCAGAGAUGAGAG